AUGGCGGCAGAGGCAACGGGCGCGGGAGCAGACGAGGAAUACGCAAGGAAUACGCGAGGAAUACGAAAGGAAUACGAUAGGAAUGCUAUGGGGAGAGCUAGAGAGCUGGGUGCUGGGAUGCUAGCUCGAGGCGUGCAGCGUGCUAUCAUCGACGAGCAGCAGCAGGAGCAGGGGGGGGGGAAGCACUGGGCGCUGAGGUGCGCCGGCCAGCACGACUACACGCUGUGCACGCCGACGACGAGGGGGAACACCACCGCACCGCUGCAACGGCCACUCGCCUCCUGCCUCCUGAUUCGCUGGCGUCUGUGUGGGAGCCUCCACGCCCGCCAUGGCGCCGUGAAUGCCAGGGACGCGCAUGGCACCGUCCAGCAACACCGCGCGCCUGCAGAGCUGCAUCCCUGA